AUGUGUCAUAGUAGUAGUUCACAACAAGCGUCACCUCAGUAUGAAACUGAACCUGAAGCAGAACCCUUACAAGAUGAUUCAUUCUCAUCUCAGCGUCAAAUAGAACUUUCACAGGAGAAUGCUGAUAAAUUAUUUG